GGAAGGGGGAGUAAAAGUCGGUUCUGACUCGAAACGAGGAUCACUGUGAGCACAAGGAGGUUUGCUCGUUAAUCACUGGAGGCUACACAGUAGCCUCCAAAUCGGGAACGAACGGAUCACGUGGCUCAGUUCUGCUCCCACUCCCCGCUUCCCCUGCCCCUGUAUUUCCUUAUUCCUUGAGAAACUCUCCGGGAUUCGGAAGGAUAAAAGUCCUUACCGAUCGUUCACUCCAGUGCUAGGAAUCCAAAUUCCCAGCAAUUUCGAACCUGGGAGCUGCUCCCUCGUUGGGGGGUGGAUGAGUAUAUUUUUCCUGUGCCGGAUCCCUGUGUGAAAGUUUAGGAAACACUAGGUUUGCCUACAAGGGGUAUGGGGGUUAAUCUUCCUGCACAAAUCUCACUGAGAAGUUCCGGGUGGAUUGUGUUCCUAGUAUAUAAUACUUUAUUUCUUUAAAUUGUGUGUGUUUUUUUAAAAGAAAACUUACAGGCCAGGCAAUAACCUAAUAUUGUUUCCCUGAUAUUUAAUUUACAAAGUCAAAAGGUCAAUCAGUACUGAAUUAUAGUCCCUGAAAAGAUGUGUGUGCAGCUGGCUGUUGCAAAAUAUGAGCUUUUUUAGAAUGUAUAAAUGUAAUUCAAACGUUCUAUGUGCACUUCACUCUUCCUUUCAGUUUUCCCUCCUAACAAACAUCUCAAACAUGAAAGUUAGCCAAAGGGAAGCGAAUAGGUAGAACGAAUAGGCAACCAGUGGGGAAAGAAAAACAGGGCAAGAGAGACAGUUGGCAGAAACCUGAGGAGGAAGAAAGGAAAAGAAAACAACAAAAUAUGCUAUGUUUUGGUAGUGACUUUCUUUUGAUAGCAUCAAAUAUUAUCUUAGUGCAUUAUUUUAAAUUAACUAUUUAAUUGUAAAAAGUGUGCCCAGUAUAGGUGUCAGAAAGCUGUUUUCAUGAGCCAUUUCCAAAGUAAAACAGAUGGGAAAGCCUUCGGUAACUGAGCUGGGAGCAAAGGGUGAAUGUAGAUGUAGGUAUGUUUAGCAACCAACCAGAAGAAAAUUGACCUGGCUGUUUGUUUUUCCCUAUGGGCCAGUUGCCAGCAUUCUUUGUGUAAAAGCUGGAAUACUUGAAAUAAAGCAGUAUUUUCACUGAGUGUACAUGUGUAAACUGCGUGACCAACACAUGCUCACUAAAGCACCAGAUGGUUGAGGUCAGCCCGGGAGCACCAAGUUAUAUGAUGCUGCAGUUAUGCCACGGCAAAGAGGGGAAACGUGGGCACACGAGGAGACUCUGCUCUUCCUCAGUUUCUUUGGGGAGUUGGAGGUGCAGAAGCGGCUAAAUUCCUGCUACCGGAACCAAGAUGUCUAUGAAAAGCUUGCAGAAAGAAUGACCCUUCACGGGUACGUUCGUACCCCAUGCCAGGUGCGUUUCAAAGCCAAGGGUUUGAAGAAGCAAUACAGGGAAUUGAAGAAGAAUAGCCAGUCUGACGAAGGACGUUCCCUAUGGAGAUAUUACCAUAUCAUGGACAACAUCUACUGCAAUGAUCCUAACAUGGGGGCAUUGCCAGAGGCAGCCACUUCUUCUACUCUUCAGAAGGACGAAGAGCACACCAAGGGACUAGAAAGUGCAUCACAACCUGCUGCUGCUGCUGCUGCACUCUGUUCUGAUGAGAGUCAGGGACGUGGAGAACCUGCCUGCAGCUACAAAGCCUCCCGAAGUCCUUCUGGUGCCUCCCUUGCUGCCUCUGCCAUGAGCUCUUCAUCCACCAAACCAUCAUCACAAAGAACAGUGCAGUGCCCAUCUACCAGAGCAGCACUGCGUUUUGCAAAGACAAGAACCAGAAGGAGUGCGUCAGUGGCUUGGACUACAGUUACAAAGGUACUUCAACAAUGCCACAGAAACAAUGAAAGAAACCAGCAGAUCUUCCAGGAGGAAAUGGCCAUGCUGAGACAAGAGAAGAAGGCCAUGCGAGAAGAGGCAUCUAGAACCCGAAUGGAAAUCAAAGCACUUGCCAGUCAGAUAAGAGAAGUGUUUCACUUCCAUGCCGAAGCCAUUAACAGAGUUGCAGAUGCAAUCAACAGGUGUAGUUAUCUGUUGGAAUCCCUAAUCUUGAUGCCAGAGCCAGGCCCACAAAGAGAGGUAAACCAAAGCUUGCAAGAGGACAGCAGUGGAGUGGAAAGAGCACCGGAGCAAGGAAGCUCCAUGCCCUACAGUUCACUUAUGUAGCAGUUGCAGAUGUAUCCCGGAAGUACCCACAACACCCCUGGAGAAAAUCCCUUUCAAAGAAUUAUGGGAUAAUAAUGAGGACGUAUGUAGUAUUGUAUCAGGGUUAGGACCAGUGGCAGCCCACCCAUGCGUGGCAGGAGGGUGUGAGGGUGGAAAGCCACAGGAGCAGCUUAUUCCCAAUCUUCUUGCCUCUCCCUGGCUGCCUCUCUCUUCUUCCCCUUGCCACUGUGUUAACUCUAGGCAUGCAGGCUGGUCAUUCACUAGACUGAAGAACUGGUCAGAUGACCAGCCCACAUGCCUAGGGUUAACACCACGUACCUACCUGGAUAGGCUGCUGCCACUGAGUAGGAGUGCCGCCUUUCCCUGUUCCCUGCAGCUGCAUCUGUUGAAUUCCUCUUAAAGGCCCAGAAGUCCUGCAAAGAUCUAGAGGGAACACUGCAGUUUGUUGAAUUCCUGCCUGUUGUGCCGCUGUUAAGGGUACAGGAGCCUUGCUAUAUUUUUGCUGAAGCGGCAGAUUAGUAACACUAAUGGCAGGGGAAGGGUAAUUACAUCCCAGUGUGUGCGGGUGGGUAUGAACCAAGUUGUGGAGAAGCAAAAUAGUAAGAGGUUCUGCCCGUGAGAUAGUGACUCUGGCUGAAAAUGAUACUUGGAAGCGGCACACGCACACACAGAGGUUAUCAAAUGUUCAAAGAAACCCCUGCUUCUGAGUCUGUCUUGGGUUGUCCCUCCCUCUACACAGCUCAAAUCACUGCAGUUCUAACUGGGAAUGUGUUUUUGUUUUGCUAAAACCUGGGUGAGAAAAAACAGUUAUGUAUCUCAUAGUGUUGCAUGUUAUUUAUUUCCUUGCCUGCUUCUACCUAAAUUUUUCUUAUACAUUUCUGAUGAGUAUUUACAUAAUGCCAGUUUAAGCUUGUGUUGAAUAAAAUCUAAUAUUUGGAAAUGCU